AUGACUCAGCCAGCGUCUGGUGCUCAGCAUACGCACGUAUCUGCGACCUACAAAUUACGUACGGGGAAUUCAGAUGGCUCAAAUAUUUAUAAUAACCUAUCUAAUUCUGAGGAUUCUAUGGUAAUUAUACUCGAUCUUACUCCCUCGGCAUGGGCAUAUGGAGUAUCCCCUAUCAAACACAACGAAAACAACAGAUUGUAUCUCCAAGAUAUGUACAACAUCAUUAUUGGAUUCUUGAAAUCCUAUGCUUAUAUGUCUAUUAAUAACAGAUGCUGUAUUAUUGGCACUCACAAUUGCGGAUGCUCUUAUUUUAGCAAAAUUCUCUAUGAAGGUGUGCUUUUUAGUGAUUGGCUUCCUUCUUGUUAUGAUGGAGAAGAUGUGCAAGAUUCUCUGGUAGAAACAGUCACGAAGCGCAUAUGGAAUGAAAUUGUCAAUUUUAUAGAAUUUGGCUUGGACAACCCCUAUAAAGAUGCACAAUUGACCUCUGCGAUCUCAAUGGGCUUACUAUAUUUAAACCGAAUCGAACAUUGUAAUAUCGGCACUGGGAAAAAGAUCAUAAUCAUUGAUGUUUCGAAUGCGGAAAAUUACAAAUCGCAAUACAUUGGAUUGAUGAACAUCGCAUUUUCAGCAUCAAACUUGAGGAUAACAUUAAAUGUCUGUUCACUCGGCAAUCCUUCCGGGAUAUUGGAACAACUUGGUGCAAUAACAAAUGCAAAGUAUCUCUUACUUUCAAACGUGUUUCAAUCGGAGACAGAAGUGGUGAAUCUAGGCCAAGCCAUCUUCCAACUUCUAACGGUAACAAAUUACUUUUGA